ACCGAGGAAGAAGCCAUUCGAGGGAGACUGAAAGGUUCUUACGCAGCGCAAGAAAAUACAAUAUGUGACCGACUGAUCUUUGUUAACAAGCUAACUUUGCUCCUUAUUUCAACCGAAAAUUGCACUCUCUUAUCGCGACGAUUUGCUUUGGAGGAUGACUUGCAAUAUCGGGCGAUGUCACUGGUUCACUGAUUGGUUGAAGGAUCGCUUGGCUUCGUUUUCUAAACUUCCGUGGUAAACGUCUCCAAUGGAGGCAAACAUCGUUUUUAACGCAAGGGUGAAACGGAAAGACUCUUCGCGGGCAGUGGUCAUCGCAGUAACUGACAGCUCUGUCUUUGACCUGGAGGAAGAGGAGGGGCCCGAAACAGAUUCCGCGGCCAAUGAGAAUGAGCCUUUUAAAAUGGGGGCAGCCAUCCCCUUUAUGAAGGCAGUGCAGGGAGUGAAUGAGGCUCUACUGGAGAUGGACGCAGAGGAAACCCUGCUGUUUGACCCGAUUCUCCUCUCCAAAAACCACAGCCCCCACUUCCGCUCGAGGAUCGAGUGCAGCGCAGUGCAUUAUGGUCUCGAGAUUAGCCGAUUCUGCUUUUGCGGCCCGGACGAUUUCGCCGAAUCCCUGCAGUCGAACGGCGCCAAGCUGUUCCUGUCAGCAGGCCGGGAUGAGGUCUACCAGGUCUGGGAAAAAGGUAUUCCAGCAGCGCUGCUGUACCCACAGGAUAUCCCAGAAUCCCCUGAGCCACUCAGGGUUCUGUUCAUGGGGGAUGUACUGGGCCUGGGCGACGACGCGGCACCGCUUCUGACAGAACUGGGCUUCAGCGACACCCAGCUACAGCACAUUACAGCUGUAAAGGGUGCCAUGGGGGACUUUGCGGCCCGCGUGGGGGAAAUGAGGAGCAGAUUCAGGCAGGGCCACAGCCCUCUCUGUGCCUACCUGCUUCUGGCGUGGGGCCCCAGGGACGUGUGUGCGGACGCCCUGAAGACGCUGCGCGGCUGGGGCCUGGAGGCGGACGAGGCCUUCUGCCUGGCCGGGGCCCCCAGGGGCCCCAUUCUGGCCCAGAUACGGCCCCACGUCCUGCUGGACCUCGGACUGCAGGGCCCACACACCCUUCCUGCGGAUGGCUGAAAGGGUCGUCCGUCAGACGAACUGGGUCGCGUCUUGUCCGUCUUCCCUUUAUUCUGAGGUUCCACCAGCAGGAACCUGAGGUCAAUAAACUGCUUUUCUUUCUGCAAUUCAUAGAAUUUAGUACGGAUAUGUAUACGUAGGUCAGUCUAAACUUCAGUUACUUGCUUUUCAUCGUCUACCAGGGAUAAACGCAUUCUUUAACAGAUCGGACAGCCAGCCAUACAUAUGAUAACACCUCUCCUCUCUAAUGCAAUCCCGAUAGCCUUCAUGCGUUUCUCCACGUGGGACUCUCUGACUCCAGGGCUGGGCAGGAGCUGAGAAGGAAGGAAGGAAGGGAAGGCUGGUUGACCAACACCUGUGUGGCGAUGAAGGGAGUGUUGACCGUCCAGGUUCCUUGAAUUCUGGGAACUCUGUUUCAGGGCCACUCUCAGGGUUUCAAAAGUAAACUUGUCACCAGAUCAAACUACUUCACUGAAGUUGCUUGCAUUGCGACCGUUGGUGUGUUGUUACAUUGCCACAUGAAUGUUGAUAUUUUCGCAUGCAUUUCUUUAAAAGAAAAUGGUUUGUCUGGCACUUAAAUUUGUGUGUUUUAUUGUG